AUGAACAAUACCAUCAAAAUUCUAGAUGACCCUGAUGUCAGAACUAAAUUCAAGAUUCAAGCUUUAUUGUAUCCUGGUCUUCAGAGUAUUGAUCUAGAAUUGCCAUCCUAUCAGGAUAAUAAAAACAUACCAAUUCUGUCUAAAACAUUAGUAAUAAGAUUCCUCAGUGAAUAUAUUACAUCAGAUGAAUCUUUUUCCAAAGCUUUAGAGACCAACCAACAUGUUCCUGCAGAGUUCAACCAUCUGUUUCAGUUUGUAAACUGGAGUAAGUGGCUCCCUGAAAGAUUUAAAAAAGGCCACAUUUACACUGACCCAUCACAUAGAAAUUCCAAAACUGGACACAAAUAUCCAGAUUUACUGGAUCCAAGGAGCGGACCACUUUUAGUUGAGGACAUCAAGCUUCAGGGCUUACCACUUACAUAUAUCAUGACUUGUCAAUAUGAUGUCUUGAGGGAUGAUGGAAUUAUGUAUGUUUCCCGUCUUAGGGAAGCAGGAGUUGAGGUAACACAUGAACAUGUUGACAAUGCUUUUCAUGGUGUUGUAACAUUUAUUACAGGCGCUUUUGCCCAAAAUAUAGGCCACAGAAUGGCUAACAACUACAUUGAGUGGCUGAAUAAGAACCUGUGAAAAUACACCCAUACCACCUCAAUUAAUAUUAUUUUUUUCAGGGACAUUAUCUUUUUGGUCAAUAAAUUUGACACUGUAAUUCUGCAGUUAUUAUACUUGAUAUAGAAUCUCUUGUUUCCUG